UGGCGUUGACAUAUCGACUGACUUACAGAAAUGUCAAGUCUUCAAAUAAUAAUUUUAUGAGACAGAGCUGUCUCUUGCACAAUUUUAUCGUAAAAAUUAAUCUGAGAAUGAAACUUCGAGUACAAUAAAACAUACGCUUGUAUGAAAGUGUAAAAAGCGCGCUCAAUGAUCAAAAUAUCAUUAGAAUUAGGAAUGAGACAUAACCUAUAAGUCAACAUUUGAAUUAGUUACAUUCGUUAUAUUCGAAAAGGAUCAGGUUUUAGCAAAAGUAUGCAUCACAACAUUACAGCAAAAUUAUAUAUGCUUAGAAAAAAGCAAAACUUUGAUCACUUCAACGAAUUUAUCACUAGUUGGAGAGCGAACAUGAUUUAGAGGGCACAUGAAUCCAAUUUUAUAAGGCACAAUUGUUUUCACGGAUGCGAACGUUUUUUUUUUUUAAAUUGCACAAAGUCAUGCCACCAGAACUAGUUAAGAAGAUACACGCCAGAUACUUUCAAAGAAUUCUCCAACUGAUGCCAGGCGAUUGCGCCUCAAUCGACUCGACUCGACUGACAUUUGCAUUUUUCGCAAUUUCGGGAAUAGAUAUUCUUGAUUCGCUGGGUGAAUUUAGUGACGAGGAGAAGCAGGAAGCGAUAGAAUGGAUUUACAAAUUGCAAGUGACUCGAGCUGGAGCGAUGUCUGGAUUUCAGGCGUCUCCUACGCUUCCAAAAGAGGCGACAAAGUAUCAGUGCGGUCAUCUGGCGAUGACUUACACUGGAUUGGCUACUCUCUUGAUCCUUGGAGAUGAUCUGAGUAGAGUUGAUAAAGCAUCGCUCGUCGAGGGAAUACGUGCUUGCCAGAAUCCGGAUGGAUCCUUCACAGCUAUGAUCAUUGGCUGUGAGAGCGAUAUGAGAUUUCUCUAUUGCGCCUGUUGCGUUUCCUAUAUUUUAAACGACUGGUCAGGAAUUGAUCUGCAGAAAGCCAUUGACUACAUUUUAAGGAGCAUAUCUUACGAUGGAGCGAUAGGUCAGGGUCCAGGCCUAGAGUCUCAUGGAGGUUCUACUUUCUGCGCCAUCGCCAGCCUUUUUUUAAUGAACAAACUGGACGUUUUAUCUGACAAGCAGCUUAACAGGUUAAGAAGGUGGUGCCUUAUGAGACAGGAUGGAGGAUUUCACGGCAGGCCUGGAAAACCCUCGGACACUUGUUACAGUUUUUGGAUUGGAGCUACCUUACAAAUGUUGGAUGUCAGUCAUUUGUCCGACUGGGACGAGAAUCGGGCAUUCGUUUUGUCGACUCAAGACACGAUAGCGGGAGGAUUUGCCAAAUUUAAUUACAAUCGGGCGGAUCCGCUACACACUUAUUUAGGUUUGUGCGGCUUAAGUCUUUUAGGAGAACCUAGUCUAUGUGCCAUGAAUGCCGCCCUAAAUAUAUCCCAACACGCUUAUGGACAUUUACAAGAGAUUCACAAAAAAUGGAAGAAUGGCUGAUAAACUACCAAAUAUUAAAUCAAGCGCACAUAGGAAAUGUAACUAUGAUUGGAUUCUCUUAUUGAGUUUUUAAAUCCAUUAGAAAGUUUCUUCAGCAUUUUUCUAUUAAGUGAAGGAGUUUUAUAUUGUUUACGCCACUUAGCAAUUUUUCAAUUCUCAUAUAUUUAAAGCUGAAUAUUUACCCGUUUCCUACUUUAAAGCCAUUUAAAUCAAAUUUAAUUUCAACGAAUUCAAUUAAAUGAGAAUUAGUUCAAUAAAAGGAAGAAACUUUUGCAGUUCUGAAUUUUUGGAAUUAUAUAAUGAUAUAUAAUUUUUCCAAUUUUCAAUUAUAUUUCUCAAUUUUUGUGAAUAAUUUGGAGAUAAAAAAAUGUUUAAAGUAGGAAUCGAAUAAAUAUUAGAUGGCCUUUGAUGGAAAUGAAAAAUUGGAAUUAAGGGAACCUAAUAGCAUUAAAUGAAUUAAAUAUGUUGAUUUGUUUGAAACUUUAUAUUUGUGAUAUUUUUUAUCGCACACGGAUAAAAUAGGAAAGAAUUCGAUUGUUUUCAAUGUAGAAUCUUGAUAGAAUUACAACGCAUCUGUUCUACAUUCGUCAAUUAUUAGUUAAAAAAUUAAUAGAAGGAACCAGAGAAAAUUAUAUGUUAAUUCGAGUUAUGAAUGGUAAUAAAGUAUAAUUUGCAAACUUUGAGAAGAUUGUAAAAACUGUAAAGUAAAGAGUUAAAAGCUACGUAAUGACAAUGACUUAAUAAUGAUAUGAAAAGAAAAUAUUGUUUGUGAUAGAAAAAAACGUUACAAUAAACAUUAUAUGCCA